CUUCCAGUAGGGACGUUCACAGACUGUUCUUUUUCUCUCCAGUAGCUCUCAUUGUUAUCAAAAUCGGUAUCAGCCCUCUCCCUAAAAAUGGCGAAGAGGAAAAGGCAUGAGGAGUCAGAGGGUACAAGCCCAAAAAAGUCCAAAGCAGCACGAUUCAAUAUCCACACACUAAGCCGGUUGCAAAAGGCGGUUGCAGCGGAUCCCGAAAUUGAUCUGACAUUAUACUUCCCUAAGGACUACUCUGAGCGUCUCUCUGAAAUGCGGACUCCGUUACUAUCCUCAGCGACACCUAUUUCUGCUGCAACGACGUCAGGUUCAGUUCUCGAAGACGAUAUCCGCGUGUUUCUAAGACCUUCCGAACCCAUCGCCGUUAUAUUUCCCUUAUCUGACUCGGUUUGCAGAAUGCUGGCGGGUACGGACAUGUCGGAGGCCUUAAUAGGGCUUAUGCAGCGCUCUGAAAUUCUCUGGAAAAGCCCGUUUCCUCGAAAGAAAAUGGUUUUCAAAUGCGAUGGAAAUAUCGUCGUUAAGGCCAUAAAGAAUGCGGUGGACUACACUGAAUAUACAACACUACUGUACCUGGAAGUGCACAAGCCCACAGUGCCCGCUCCAAGGCCAUCUGGAUUAUUACAUGUCAACAAUGUCUCUUUAAUUUUUAUGACUUACGUCCCCACGACAACACUGGCAGACAUCUGGACAGGACUGGAUAUCGCACAGAAGAGGUCUAUUCAACAUCAGCUGAACGAAAUCCUAGCUGAUCUAAGGUCCCUCUCAUGCCCCGAUGGGAUGCCGCUCGGAGGAGUCCGCGGCGAAGGCUGUAAAGAUGUUAGGAGACAUCUUCGCCACAGCAUUGAACCCAUUCUUACCAUAAAGGAUUUCAAGAACUUUCAGUUCCCCUCUUUGCGCACUCCUAUUUUCACAGAAUUUAUCGACCGGCUCUGUCAACCCUGCAUCCGACCCGGGCAGUUAGAAAUUCAAUGUGUGUUUACACAUGGUGAUCUGCGACCAGAUAAUAUUACUGUAGAAGCAAGCGAUGGCGGCCAAUUCCGAAUUACUGGUCUGCUGGACUGGGAAUAUAGUGGAUUCUAUCCUGAGUAUUACGAGUUGAUUAGGAGCACAAACGGCCUCGGCCCUUCUGGAGAUGAUGACUGGUAUUUGUUCCUACCGGAGUGUAUUUCGCCAGAACGCUAUGGCAUGUGGUGGUUACUGGACUACGCUCAUGGGAGGUUGGUGGAGUGAUUAUCAUAUGGCUUUAGAAGAAUGGAGGCGUCGGAAAUUGGUACUAUAUCGCAGCAUGUAUUAGGUGGUUGCAAAGCCCUGAUUGUGAUCCUAGGCACGAAAGCUAAAUACUUAGUGGAAACUGAGGGCAUGGCAAGGAAAUUAGAGGAUUGCGCCUCGCUUUUCCUUCAAUUCAUCCCGAGCUUCACGGUACUC